AUGAACGCCAAACGUUCGGCGCCAACGGCCGCGGCGGACGCAACGGCCGCAUCGGCCGCCGACGCUGACGCCUCGGACGGUGGCUGUUCCUCCAAGCGGCUGCGCCGGGCGCCGGAGAAAGCGCAUUGGUUGACGCGCUUGGGCGCCUUGGGACGGAUUGAUUGGGAGAAAAGUGUGGUGCUUCCAGAUCGUGAGCUGAUCAUCGCCACUGACUGCGGCGGUGGUAUCGGACCCCCCAGCGCGCUGGUGGAGUUGGGCGUCAAAUGCCGCCACAUCUUCGCCUGCGAAUCCGAUCCCUCGAGCCAGCAACUGCUGUCCUCGCAGGCGGAGCCGCCGGAGCGGCUCUUUGGGAGCAUGAUCGGCCGCGAUCGAGGCUGCUUUUGCUUGGUCUCUGGUCGCUGGAUGCCGAUGCCGCAUGAGCAACCGGACAUCUACAUCUCCAAUGCCGGAGUCCACGGGCCAAACCCCGACCGCUUUCUGGCAGCUGUGAAGUACAUCAUGGAGCACCAGCCACGCUUGGUCAUUCUUGAAGAUUUGGUGGUGGCAGGGCGGGAGGACCAGAAUGGGAAUCUUCCAGCAGAUUCGAUUUUGGCCCUCCUGAGUCAAGCCGGGGACUAUGAGGUGGACACCUUCCACGUGACGGCCUCCCAUUUUGGUCUUCCCCAGAGGCGGCAACGACUCUACUACGUCAUGAUUAGCAGUCAACAUUUGCAGAGGGGCGACAAGGAGCCCCUUGAAAAGAUUUCAGAAGCAUUGGCGCAGCUGCGAACUGUGGAGCCAUCAGUGGACGCAGAGGACCUGCUGGAAUCGUUGAACUUCGAGUCGCAGCCCUCGCCCAAGGGGAGUGACAAAAACGUGGCUUCGCUGUUGGGCAUGAGUGCUGAUGCCAGCUAUCUCCACCGACGCCUGCGACAUGAACUGCGACUGCCUUUGGAUGACAUGACCUAUUUUCAGCUGGCUGGAGCUCAUCUUGGGAGGUGGCUGAGAACCUACCGUGAGGCGGAUGUUUGCCAGAUCCACUGGCUGCGAGCAAAGAGCAACAAGAAAGAAAUCCGGUUCGUCUCCGUGUCUCAGGACGCCCACCGCGCUGCCAUGAGCUUUACUGGGGAAGUGCCCAACUUGACACCGACCACGCGGCUUUGGUCCUAUAGGCUCCAACGGGUGCUGGGUGGUCGCGAGAUGCUGAUGUUGCAAGGUUUCAAACCGGACCGCUGGAACCUGCAGAACUUGAGCGAAGCAUCUCUGACGCGGGUGGCUGGCGCUGCUAUGACGGUGCACAUGAUCGCCGCGGUCUUGGCCUCGGCCCUCAGUUGCUGCCACUUCCCGGACGCUGAGCACGGCCCCGCGCCGAAGAGGCGGCCGGGUCGAUCCCGGUCCAUCAGCUUGGCUGAGCUGCGAAGCAGGUACUUGGCCAUUCGUCAGCGUUUGAGCGGUCUCCGCCGUUUCUCGCCGCUUGGGGUGUGA